UUAAUAGGUCAGACAUGAGUCAGGCGUUUACCCUCAAUUUAGACUCAAAACCAACUUCCGUUUUCUGCCAACUGGAAGAUUUUGGAUGUGGAGAUGGAGGAUGGACGCCGCUUAUGAAAAUUGACGGCAACAAGAAUACCUUUCACUUUGACUCGGAGUAUUGGAAUAACAAAAUAGUGUACAACCUUCCUGGAGGGGAGACCAGAUUUGAUGCACAAGAGACCAAGUUACCAACCUACUGGAACACACCCUUCUCCAAGAUUUGUCUUGGCAUGAAGAUCGGCCAACAGAUCAACUUCAUUGUCAUCAACAAGCAGGCAAAAUCUCUCUACUCACUAAUCGCUGACGGGCAAUACCGCGCCACCUCACUGGGUCGUAACACGUGGAANUUUACCCUCAAUUUAGACUCAAAACCAACUUCCGUUUUCUGCCAACUGGAAGAUUUUGGAUGUGGAGAUGGAGGAUGGACGCUGAUUAUGAAAAUUGACGGCAACAAGAAUACCUUUCACUUUGACUCGAAGUAUUGGAAUAAUAAAAUAGAGUACAACCUUCCUGGAGGGGAGACCGGAUUUGAUGCACAAGAGACCAAGUUACCAACCUACUGGAACACACCCUUCUCCAAGAUUUGUCUUGGUAUGAAGAUCGGCCAACAGAUCAACUUCAUUGCCAUCAACAAGCAGGCAAAAUCUCUCUACUCACUAAUCGCUGACGGGCAAUACCGCGCCACCUCACUGGGUCGUAACACGUGGAAGAUACUGAUUGGAUCACAGGCGUCUUUGCAAAACUACUGUAACAGGGAGGGGUUUAAUGCUCUUAGUGAAGAAAGCGGGGCUUCGAAAGCAAGAAUCGGUAUCCUUGGUAACAACGAGAACAACUGCAAAAGCUGUGACUCCAGAAUCGGAUUUGGUAUAGGCGGGGCUCACGAUGAAACCAAUACGUGUGGAAAUGAACAUGGAUGGAAGUUUCCCGCCACACGCAUCAAAGCCAUGGGGUACAUCUUGGUGCAAUGAGAGAAAACUUAAAUAGCGAAAGUAAAACCAUUCUUUAAUAUACUCAAAUGAACCAUAUACCCCACUCGUAGGUGUUAUUAAUGGCUGAAUUGAAAUAGUUGUUGUUUUGCUGUAUAGUGAAUAGCCGAAAAUUUUAAGAUACUGAUUUGACUUUCUGGUUAAUUAAAACAAACAAGCAAUAAUAAUAAAAAAAGAAAAAAAGAAAGAAAAAGAAAGAAAGAAAGAAAAUAAUGGGGCGUCUUUCAGCCGAAGUGAGCAGGAUAUACUUUAAGUUGAUUUUUUUUUUCCUAAUAUAGGGUUUGCUAAGCCUUCUGUUCUGUUUAUCCGUUGUCAA